AUGACGGAGGUUUUGGGCGAUCUGACGAACAGCAGCGCGGCCAAUGAAUCGGAGCCGAUGUUGGGGCCAGUGCCGCUUCUGCAGCACUCGCUCGCGUUGACGCUCGUCUACACUGUCUUCUACGGCGUGGUGUUCAUCGUCGGUCUCCUCGGCAACACGUUCGUUGUGCUCGCCGUCCUGUCUCACGCCCAGCUCCGAAGCACUACCGACUACCUCAUCUCUUCGCUUGCCUUUGCCGACCUCCUCAUUUUGCUCUUUUGUCUGCCCACCACUCUUCUCAACAGCACAAUUUCUGGUUUACAUUAUAAGCUAUUAUUUCGAAAACUUGAAAAAAUAAAAGAAUUGAAAAUAUUUAAUACUCAAAACUGAGGUUUCCAAAACAGCUUUUAUUUGAAAAAAACGAAAAUAUGAAUGAAAAAAAUUAUGGCAUCGUACAAAUACAUUUUUUUUUAAAAUACAAACUUAACUCACUCUUGAAAAGUUGUUCUAAAUACUAUUGAUGAUAUACUAUGAAAUGACUUCAGAAUGGCUUUUGGGCGCAUUUUUUUGCAAAUUGUCGAUUUGGAUCAAUUCGACAACUUCUUGCGCUUCCAUCUAUACAUUAGUCGCCGUGACGGCCGAUCGGUGAGCUUGAUUUAAAUAAAUUUUUCUUCAAAAUUGAGCUUUUCGGAUCUUAAUAAUUUUCGAAGAGAAAAAAUUGAUUUUUUCCAGAUAUCUAGCCAUUUGCCACACAAUGAAGUACACUUUGUGGGACAGCAAGUACACUUUGUUCGCUAUCGCCGGCAUUUGGGCUGUCAGUGGGGUUCUAGCCAUUCCGGACCUGCUCAACUAUCGAGAAGCGAGUUCAAAAUAAAAAAAUAAAUAGAAGUCCUAACUAUAUUUUUUAAAAAGUUUUUUUCUUAAUAUCUUGGAAAAAAAUAGAAAUGAACUAUCUGUUGAUUUAUCAUUUUUAAUCUGUGACAAGAAGUUUUUUUAAAUCAAAAAUGCGUCAAUAUUCCAUUUCUUUUUACAGAGAAAAUAUGGAGAAAUAAAAUAAAAAGAAGAAAAAAACAAAUUUCGUUGGCGCUUAAACUUUUUUUAAAACUUGUCAAUCACAAUUCUUGUACUCAUGAACAAAGCAAAAAAAAGUUUGCAUAAAAGAACUUAUGAUAAAAUUUAAAAAUUUUUUCAUUAAUUUCUCUCUAGAAUGAACUGGCCCUUCGUUUUCAGUUUUUCAAAAAAAGUUCUCCGUUUUAGGUUUUGUGGGACGCGCAGCCGUACUCGAACUCGAUCUACGUGUGCAUCGCGGUGAGCGACGGCCGGCUCAAGUUCCUUGUCGUCAACCUCGUUUUUGCCUUCAUCGUACCUUUCUUGCUCAUUUUUGUGUCCUAUGCUCAAAUAUUCUACACGGUUUCUACUCAUCGCAGUCUGGCCGUCGAUGCCCACGUUAGUGGCCUUUUUUGAUCAAUAGAAGCAGGAAAAAAGCCCAUUGUAUGGGUUUUGGCAGUCAAUUGAGGUUGCUUUCUAAGCCUCAAGCUUCAAAAUGCGAACAUGAAAAGAAGAAAGAAAAUUUGAAAACGAAGAUUCCUUGAUCUUUCAGAUGCGGGACGAAAGAGUGAAACUCCGCGUAGCGACCAUGAUGCUCACGGUAAUCAUCGUCUUUGCAAUAUGCUGGCUACCCUUAUACAGUAAGCGUUCCUCUUCUUUCUGAGUGAUCCACUGCGCUACUCAUGCUUUUUCGACACGAAUUUCCUAACUUGGGCUGAUAUGGGGAGGAAGAGAAUGGAGUGGUGACGACAUCUUCCUCAACGAAGGCAAUCUGCCGAGGGUGCUCAUUUCGAUGAAGGCAAUCCACCGGGGAAUCACCAAAUUCCGAACAAAUGUUUAUUGUCUGUUCCUUCAAGUUGGGAACAUCACUUCCUCGAUUUGCACUUACAGUUGACAGCUCGAUUGAAAUCUGAUUAAGCAGUAUUUUCCAGGUAUAUUUACCUACUUCCAUUUCUUCGCCAACGUUCACUCCGAAGUUUUCGAAUUUACUUCUUUGGUACCCAAAAAAGGCUGAUAGAAGAAGAAUCUUUUUUUCCAGGUGGUACGACCUUUGUUUCAAUGGCUUUCGUUGCUUUCUAGUGCUAUAAACCCUUUGAUUUACGUGGCCUACAGCCAAAAGUAUCGCCGAGCAUUCCAUACAAUACUAUUGCUUCCUUUGUCGAACAAGGUGAGAUUUUUUUAAACAAAAAAAUAAAAAAACUCUGGUUUUAGCUAUUUUAUUAAUGUUAAAUUUUGUUUUGUAGGUACGAAAGAGUACGAGGAACCAUUAUGAGGAACAACGACCGGAGGUCGACUUCCAAAGAAGCCAAAAUGUGCAACGAACUUGGCACCGAAGCAAUCACAGGACCUUCCUCCGUUCUCAUCGAAUCUCCGAGAUCUCAGAAAGGCGCCCACAGCUCUUCUUGCUAA